AUGGAUGAAGAUAUGUCAGAGUGGACCGUGCCGAAGGUCGCGUCGCUGGACGACUUUGAGCUCGCAAAGGCCAUCAAAGAGAAAGGACGACCCACGGAGAAAUAUGAGACGUUGGACGGCAGCACACAGCUCAAAGGCACGCUUGUGAACUGGGAGCCUGUAUUUGUCCAAUUCAAGGAUACUGACUCUGGCAAACUACUUCCUGUGAAAGUGUUGUCCCCUCCAGUCUACCCCGAAGAAGAAGAGGCUCCAUCGAACGACAAAGGGAAGAGGAAAGCCGUCGAAUAG